AUGAUAAACGUAUUGCAUAAGGUCGCAGAGAUGAUCGAGCGUAUCGCCGAUGGCCUGACCAUUGGAGGCGAUCGCCGAUGGCCAGCGUUCAUGGAUCACGGCACGCUUGUGGCAAAUAGAUCGGUGCCGUCUCCCGCGGUACAAGAUGGCUGCGGCCAAUUGGUGUCCAUUGUGGCCCGAUUGACCUCGGCUUGGCUUGGCCAAAUGGCCAUUGUGCCGCCCGUGCCCAGGGCGAGCGCUCGUGUCGGCGCCGCCCGCCCAUUGGCCACAGCUGCGGAGGUGCUGGCG